UGGGACUUCUCCUCUUGCAUGUCUGAAUGCUAUGCUGCACACCAAUUCCCGUGGGGAUGAGGGCAUUUUCUAUAAGGUCCCUGGGAGGAUGGGCGUCUACACGCUGAAGAAGGAUGUUCCAGAUGGGCUGAAAGAACUGUCUGAAGGCUCAGAAGAGAGCAGCGACGUGCAAUCGGAUUCUCCCUCCUCAGAAAACAGCAGUAGCAGCAGUGACAGGAGCAGUCACAAGGAAGGGCGGAAGAGCAGGUGGCGAAGGAAAGUAUCGACCAGACUCUCGCAAGUGUCCUCUCCCCAGCCAGGCUGCCCAUCUCCUUCUAUUCCCCCAGGCAAAGUCAUCUCAUCAUCUCAGAAGCACAGCAAAAAAGCACUCAAGCAGGCUCUGAAGCAGAAGCAGCGGAAGCAGCAGCAGUGCCGAACCAGCUUGCCAGUCUCCUCCAACCACCUCCUCCUGCAGCAGCACGCAAAGGCUGUCAGCCCCUCUGCUCCUGCGAAACCUGCUUGGGAAGGAAAACAAUCAGAUGGACACUCAAGUAGCCCCCAGAAUUCAACUUCCAGUUCAUCUCCCUCCAUUAAAGCUGAGCCCUCCCUCCCAGUCCUGGGGAAGAAGCCAUUCCAGAGAUCUGAGCGGCUCCAUGCAAGGCAGCUGAAGAGGACAAAAUGUGCUGAAAUUGACGUGGAGACCCCAGAUUCCAUCCUGGUGAACACCAACCUGCGGGCCCUGAUCAACAAGCUCACAUUCUCUCUUCUGCCAGCUGACUGUCAGCAGCGGCUGCUCCAGCUGCUCCCCGAAGUGGACAGGCAGAUCGGGGUGGAUGGGCUGUUGAAGCUUAGCAGUUCUGCCCUCAACAACGAGUUCUUCACGUCUGCUGCCCAAGGGUGGAAAGAACGGCUGUCAGAAGGGGAGUUCACUCCUGAAAUGCAGCUGAGACUUCGGCAGGAGCUAGAGAAGGAGAAGAAAGUGGAACUGUGGAAGGAACACUUCUUUGAGAGCUACUAUGGACAGAGUUCUGGGCUGAGUCCUGAAGAAUCCAAGCAGCUGACGUCCUACAUCCCCACUACUCAGGCACAGGCUAGGAAUUCAGCCGUUCCGCUGCAGCAGUGCAUGCCCGUCUCUGCAGCUGUGUCAAGGAAAGAGGCAGCCCCUCCUGUGGUUCCAAAGGCUCAGGAUCAUUUGGCAACACCACCAGCAGCAGCAGCAGCAAGCAAAGGAGAGGAAGAGGAGCAGCAACUCCAAGCCCCCAAGCCAGCAGAGUUUGUCAGCUCCUCAGAGAGCAGUCUCCCCUCCAGAUCCAGUGACCAAUCUCCCCUUGGGCCUUCCACAGGGAGUGAAGAGCCAGGAAGGGAGACACCACAGUUUGGCAGCUUGGAGUCCCCAGUGAAAGAAGAUGCAAGCAAACCAAAGAGCCCAGCAGCAGCAGGCAAUGAAGCCACUCCGGGGGAGGAGUCUCAGGAGAUGGCCGCCAAGGAGAGCUCUGUCCCUGGCGCAGAACAGAUGGACACCGGAGUCCAAGGUCUCAAGAGGAAGUCGGAGAGUCCUGAACAGGCAUCGACUACACCAGAAAAACGGCCUCAUAUCGUGGAGAACAGCAUCUCCAGCCCGCCUUUUCAAAGCCCGCCACAGCCCUUUCCAGCAGCGCCUGUGCCAAAGGUCCCUCCGCUCAGGAUCCCCGUCUCCAGGAUCCAUGGAUCUCCACUGCCAUUUCCGACCAGCCAGGUCUCUCCCAGGCCCAGCUUUCCUUGCACCAUCACCAGUCCCAGGAGAACAGGGGCCAGGACCCUGGCGGACAUCAAGGCCAGAGCCCAAAUGGCCAGGGCCCGUCGGGCAGCAGCUGCUGCCGAAGCAGCAGCCUCCAUUGCUGCUACUGCUGCCUCCAUUGUGGAAGCCAUCCCAGGCCCGGGCCCAGGAGGAGGGGGCAAGGGAGAGGAGACGGGCAGCCCAGCAUCAGGAGAGCCCCAUGGAACUGCGACCCAGGCAAAGGCGGCUGACCUGGCGGGCACUGGAAGCGGGGCAGGUCCAAGAAGGCCUUUCCCCUCUGUCCCAGGCUCCUGGGCACCAGCGGCGGCGGCGGCGACAGAACAGGGGGCUCCCGGCAGUGUUGCAAGAACACAACUACAGCCGGUUCCCUCCCUGCAGCCCAGAACUCCCGGCAGCUGCCCAGGAGCAGAUACCCCGUCAGCCACCCAGCCAGCAGUAGCGAGCAUCGGCCCCUCGACAGCCUCAGCAAGCCAGGGUGCCCGGUCUUCUUUGAGCUUGGGUUGUGGCCUUGGGCCAGGGAUGGAUCAGCCUAUAAAACACCCUUCUGCUGUUAGCCUGCCUGCAAGAGCAGCCUGUGACCCUGAGCCGCGGCCAGUCAGCAAAAGUCUACCUGAGGCAGCGCUUGCCGCCAGCUCCGCUCACUCACCUUCUCUGCCUCCAUUGUCAGCUGUGCCCUUCAAGCCUCCCCCUGCCCCUCGGGCCGGCGCCGUGGCAGCACCGCCUGUGGCUGUCCCACCCCGUAGUGCUUUGUUAGUCACCCAUGGCCUUAAAGUGCCCCCGGCCACCUUGGGAACAGCUGAAACUGCGCCUCCCCCAAAGACGAGCUCCAGCAUCCCUGCGAAUAACCCCUUGGUCGCUCAGCUGCUUCAAGGCAAAGAGGUCCCUUUGGAGCAGAUCAUGCCCAGGCCCCUCACUAGAGUCGAGAUGAAGGCCAUCCCGUUCCCUGUGAAGGAGCACAAAGAGCCAGUGGUCGCGGCCAGGCCUGGUGAGAGGCAGCAUUACCAGGUCCCAUUUCAGCCCUGUGGGAAGCCAGGCUUCAGUCCCAGUAGGCAGCAGAUAACCCAUGCUGUACAGCCCUUUCCUCCCUUCACAGGCCAGGAGCUGUGGAAGACCACUGCUGACUUGCACCCCAGCCAGGAAGCCUUGGGCCAGGGAGUCCAGCAGAACAUCCUUCAGGCCCUGAUGCAGAGGGUGUCGAGGCAGAAGCUGCCCUCUCCCACCACACCCCCUUCCCAGCUCACUCUCCCACCUCCAGAUUUCCCGGUGGAAAGCAGCUCCACCAGCCAGAGCUUCAUGCUGGGGUUCACGGGGAGAAGGACCUCCAAACCUGCAAUGUCCGGCCAUUACCUUCUGAACGUUUCCACCUACGGCCGCGGCUCCGAGCACUUCAGAAGGAAGCUUGCCCUGCACCCGGGGGACCGCGUGUCCCCGGAUGGACCCAAAAUGGAAUUAGAAGAACAGGAGCCAGCAGUAGGAGACAGCAGCAGCAGCGGGGAAGAUGCUGGAGAUACAGAUGGGGAAGGCACCACCGACGAAGAGGAGUGUGUCGUGGUAAACGAGGAACUUCUGACUCGUGCAGGGAAAGGAGAACAGAUAACCCACCAGGCGGGUAGUGUGAAGGCAGAGCAGGAGACUGCAUGCUGGAAGGCCCCGGGCUCCCUCCAGCUCUCAGCAAGCCAGGAAUUUGCCAGAAGUGCUGUGGGAAGGGUUUUUAUUCAGGCAGCCCAGGAAAAAGCGUCACAGACAAGGAGAGAAACGAGACUUUGGAGCACAGAGCUUCAUCCUGAUGCCCCAGCAGGCUCCACCCCGCCCCAACCCCUGCUCCUCUCUCCCUCGCCACCUUCUCGGCUCUUUGGGAGCCCUGCCGCUGCACAGCUUGUCGGCCCGGGCUACAGCGGCACGAUCAAUGUUUCCACUUCCCCGGACAUGCACCAGGAGGCACUCCUGACGGGGCUGUCCAACCCCGGCAGCAUCGGGGACGUCGUGUCCUUCUCUGUGACCGUGACGACCAUCCCCGCUGGCCAGUCGGCAAGUGCAGGAAGCCGCGGGCAGCCCCUCCCUGCCCAGGCCUUUUCUGACACUGGGGGCUUGGAGGACCUGCCCUCCAAGUGUUACUGCCGUUUGAAAGCCAUGAUCAUGUGCAAGGGCUGCGGGGCCUUUUGCCAUGACGACUGCAUCGGCCCCUCCAAACUCUGUGUCUCCUGCCUGGUUGUGCGGUAGCAG